AUGGUUGCUUCGUCUGCCGGUGAGCGAGGACCUCCUGGUCUUCCUGGAACCCCAGGCAAUAUUGGUUUCCCUGGUCCUCAAGGGCCUCCUGGACUGUCUGGUCAACAAGGUCAAAGAGGGACAGAUGGACUUCCAGGACAGAAAGGUGAACAGGGCCCACCAGGAAAUCCUGGCUAUCCUGGAUCCAUGGGACCGCCUGGACUUCCUGGCCUUAAAGGAGAGCGUGGCAGUCCAGGAACCGCAGGGCAGAAAGGAGAUUCGGGUCCACCGGGAUCUCCAGGUUAUCAAGGACCAGUGGGCCCUGCAGGUCCUAAAGGGGAAGCUGGAACAGCAGGACCCGUGGGACCAAAGGGAGAUCAGGGCUUCCAAGGAUCUCAAGGAUUCCCAGGACAACCGGGUCCUCCAGGUUUCCCAGGAAAAUCAGGUUCCCCGGGCCCUCCGGGGCCACAAGCUGAGAAGGGUAGUGCCGGAGUUCAGGGCACACAGGGACCCACAGGUCCCCCAGGAUCUUCCGGGUCCCCAGGCAUGCCUGGGCCACCUGGGAUGGAAGGACUUGAUGGCAAAGAUGGAAAACCAGGUUUAAGGGGUGAACCAGGAGUCCCUGGCCCUGCUGGACCCAGGGGAAUGCCGGGUUUCAAGGGCAUCAAAGGACACACCGGUCUCCCAGGAAUGAAAGGAGAUAGAGGACCUCAGGGACCUGCUGGAGCAGCAGGAAGGCCUGGUCUAGAGGGAGAUCCUGGUCCUUCCGGACCACAAGGACCACGUGGAGCUCCAGGACAUGUGGGUGCUGCUGGAUCUUCAGGACCACCAGGACCAGCUGGGCCACCUGGAGUGGGCAUUAAGGGAGACAAAGGUGAGGCAGGAGAGAGAGGACAGUCUGGAUUACCUGGCCCACCAGGGCUCCCAGGACAUCCAGGGCUGAUGGGUGAACCAGGAAAUGAUGGAGCAGCAGGUAAAGAUGGAGCCCCAGGCCUGCCAGGAGAACCUGGUCCAUCGGGACCGAAGGGCGAAGCAGGAGUUGCAGGGCAAAGGGGACCCCCGGGAGAGCGUGGACGCCCCGGCCCACCAGGAGGAGGCUUUGGUUUUGGCUCCAAAGGACCAGAAGGGAUCGUAGGACCAGUCGGACCCCGUGGCGAGAGGGGAAGCCCUGGUUCACCUGGACCAGCUGGUGCCAGCGGACCACCAGGAAUCCCAGGGAAUGAUGCUGUUGUAAACUAUGAUGAUUUAAGGUCCUUCAUCAGGCAGCAGGUCAUAAAGAUCUUCGACGAGCGUAUGGGCUACUACAUGUCCCGAAUGCAGAUGCCUGUGGAGAUGGUUGCGUCCCCUGGUCGACCAGGACCCCCAGGGAAAGAUGGAAGCCCAGGCAUCCCAGGCCCCCCAGGGAUACCGGGCCGCUCUGGGCAGAUUGGCCGUGAAGGAAGGCAGGACAACUGUAGUGAUGUUCCAUUUGCCCAGUCUUCCACAUGGAUGCUUUCAUAUAUGUCCCCAGGUGCCCCUGGUGUAAAGGGAGAGAAAGGUGAUAAGGGUAUAGGAGAGAUGGGAGACAGUGGCCUUCCGGGUGCUCCAGGUGUUCCUGGUCCUCCUGGUUACAGUAAGAUGGGACCACCAGGUCCUUCUGGUCAGCAGGGCAUCCCCGGUGUUCCUGGACCUCCAGGACCAUCUGGAGCGAAGGGCAAGGAUGGUCGGUGUCACCCAUCAGACUGUAUGAGUAUGCCUGUGGAGUACAAUCCCAAGGGCCCAGUUCCCAAAGGUCCCAUGUAUUAGAAAGUGGUUUAAGAGAAGUAAAAGAUGGAGGAUGGUACCCAUUGAUUGACAUUCUCACAGUUACCUACCUGUACCUGCUAAGGCUUCUGAGAAGAUCCAUGGAGAACCAAAGGAUUAAUGUCAUUUCCUGUCCACAUGAUGCAAUGCCGAAACACUGGUUCACCACCAAUGGGGACAUUUAGAAGUUAUCGUCUGCUGAUGAACCAGUGAAGAAAGGCUAAGCAUUAACUUACACCACUACAAUUUGGUGCAAAAUCCCAAACUUGAUUGCCUUAAACCCCUAAAUACUUUCCCAUAAUGCAAUUUUAGUCUUUUAUGUGUUCGGACAUAUAAGAUGUUGACAGUCAUUAUUGGUGCCCAGAUUUAUUCAGCAUUCAACAUUUUUCAUUUCUUUUCCAGCCCCCAUAAAAGAUAUUGGUUUCCAUCUGACACUUCACAUCAGUCUUCAAGGUGCUUCAUUAAAUAUUAAAGCAAUAUUCUGAGUUAAAUACAAGUUAAAAUCCUCCAUGGCAUGUUAUUGAUUGAUGCAGGAAUUAUUUUGACUCAUACCUCAUUUUGUGUAAA